UCACCGCGCCAACCGGUUUCCCGGCCCUUCCUCCGCCGCCGGACGGCAGCCGGCCGGCGGCCGGCCGCGAGUUCCUCGGCAUUGGCCGAUCCCGUCGUCCGGUCCACCGGAGUUGCCUCUUGGCCCCCCCUGGGGGGAUGGACGACCUGAGGGCGAGCCUGGCGCGGCCGAUCCAGCUGGCGGAGCAGCUGAUCAAGUGGGCGGACGAGGCGCAGGCGUGCCGGAGCGAGUGCCAGAACCUCAAGUCCCGGAUCGAGCGCGUUACCACGCUGCUCCGCCAGGCGGCGCGCGCCGAGCUCUACGAGCGCCCCGCGCGCCGCAUCCUCGAGGACACGGUCAGGGCGCUCGACAAGGCCGCCGCGCUCCUGGAGCGCUGCUGCUGCGGCGGCCUCCUCCGCCGCGUCCUCACCAUCAUCCCCGCGGGCUCCUUCAAGAAGGCCGCGUCCCUGCUCGACAACUCCCUCGGGGACCUCACCUGGAUCCUCCGCGUCUCCAGCUACGCCGCCGCCGACGACGACGGCGACGACCAGGACGACGAAGACGACCACAUCGGCCUGCCCCCCAUCGCGCAGAACGAGCCCAUCCUCUUCCUCAUUUGGGAGCAGAUCGCCGUGCUGCAGUACGGCGGGCUCGAGGCCCGCGCCGACGCCGCCGCCAGCGUCGUCUCCCUCGCGCGCGACAACGACCGCUACGGCAAGCUCAUCAUCGAGGAGGACGGCGUCCCGCCGCUGCUGCGCCUCAUCAAGGAGGGACGCGCCGACGCGCAGGAGAGCGCCGCGCUCGCCAUCGGGCUCCUCGCCCGCGACCCCGAGUGCGUCGACCUCAUGAUCCUCGCGGGGGUCUGCACCUCCUUCGUCAAGAUCCUCAAGGAAGCGCCCAUGAAGGUCCAGGGCAUGGUGGCGUGGGCCGUCUCCGAGCUCGCCGCUAACCAUCCCAAAUGCCAGGACGCCUUCCUCCAGCACAACGUCAUCCGCCUCCUCGUCUCCCACAUCGCCUUCGAGACGGUGCAGGAGCACUCCAAGUACGCCGUCGCAUCCAAGAUGUCCAUCCACUCCGUCGUCAUGGACAAGAAGACCAACGACACCUCUUCGCAGGACCCGCCGGACGCCACGGCGGCGAAACCCGUCGUGGGCUGCAGCGGGACAGCAGGCACCUCCAGCUCGAGCGCGGCGGCUCCCGGUCCCAGCAGCGCCAGGCCCACCAGCCUCGCCGGGACGAGGGUGCACAACGCGUCCAUGUCGGCGGCGAGCACGCGGGGGAGGGAGUCCGAGGACCCGGAGAUCAAGGCCUACCUGAAAUCCCACGCCGCCAGGGCGCUGGGCACGCUCGCCACGGGCAACCCGGCCAUCUGCAAGAACAUCACGGAGUCGAGGGCGCUGCUCUGCUUCUCGAUCCUGCUCGAGAAGGCCACGUGCGACGUGCGGUACAACUCGGCGAUGGCGCUCAUGGAGAUCUGCCGCGUCGCCGAGCAGAACCCGGAGCUCCGGCGGUCGGCGUUCAAGCCGACGUCCCCCUCGGCCCGCGCCGUCGUGGACCAGCUCCUCCGCGUCGUGGAGAAGGCCGACUACGACGAGCUCCUCGUGCCCUGCAUCACCUGCCUGGGGUGCCUGUCGAGGACGUUCCGGGCGACGGAGACGAGGGUCAUCGGGCCGCUCGUCAGGCUCCUCGACGAGCGGGAGGCGGAGGUGAGCCUGGAGGCGGCGGCGGCGCUGACCAAGUUCGCGUCCACGGAGAACUACCUGCACGUGGACCACUGCAAGGCGAUCGUCGCCCACGGUGGCGCCAAGCACCUGGUCCAGCACGUCUACUUCGGUGAGCAGGCGGUCCAGACGGCGGCGCUCAUCCUCGUCUGCUUCCUCGCGCACAACGUCCCCGACAGCGAGGAGCUCGUGCAGGCCGAGAUCCUGACGGUGCUCGACUGGGCCUGCAAGCAAGGCUACAUGUCGCAAGAUCCUUUGAUCGAGAGCUUGCUGCCCGAGGCCAAGAUCAGGAUGGAGCUCUACCAGUCCAGAGUAGCAAAAGGCUACUACUGAUCAAGCAGUUUUGUUGCAGCAACGCAAUGUUGAGAAGACAUUCACAUGAGCUGACUACUGUAUAUAGAUCAGGUUCCUGAUACCAGAGGCGAUCGGUACAUUUUUUGUUUGAGGAAUACCAGAAGGUUUUGUUUGUAGGUUCUUUAUGCUCAUUCUCAACCUGUACCUCAUUGGUGGUGAACAGUGCAUAGCUAGCUCUUUCUAGGGGAGAUCAGUAGCCCUUGAUACUGGAGUGAAUCAGUAAUUUUUUGUUAGAGGACAUCAGAAGGUUUUGUAGGAUUAAUUUGAUGCUUACUCUUACUGUAUCUGUUUCAGUAAUGAACAGAAGUGCAGCCCCCUUUCUGGGAGGAGAUCAGCAUAUUGUACUAUGUACUGUCACUUGACCCUGAUUAUGGAUGUAUAUUAGGUCUUCACUUACUGAGAAGAAUUUA